UUUACUUUCUCUUUCUUUUACGCCUGUUAAAGCACCCAGGCAGAAGUGAAAGCACACAGUCCACUCUACAGCACUGAGAGAAGAUGUUGCACAUUCUCAUCCUUGGAUGUUUGCAGUUUUCAGCCUCAGCCUCCCUAAUUAAUGGAUAUGGUAAUACAAUAGCUGAGUAUGGUGGGGAGGCACAUUACAGCUGCUCAGUGGCCAACCCAACAGCGGGUGUGCUGCAGAUCACAUGGCAGAGGCUUUUCAAAGAUGGGCCGAUAGAGAACCUGGCAACCUUCAGCAAGCGGUUUGGUCAGCAAGUCAACGAGCCUUACCUUGGAAAAGUCACAUUAACAGAAGCGUCCCUGAACUCGACCUCCAUCAGUCUGAGCAACGUCUCGUGGCAGGACGAGAGCUGCUACAUCUGCUCAUUCAACGCGUAUCCCGAUGGCUCCAAACAACAGCAGACUUGUCUCAGCGUGCAAGGAAUAUCCUCGGUGGAGACAGCGUAUGAUCCCAGAGCUGCACGUGGGGGAGACGGCAUGGAGGUGGAGUUUAGCUGCUCAGCCACAGGGAAACCAGUACCGACCAUUGACUGGGACGUUUCACCAGGUGCUGCCCGUCUUUACCAAUCACAGACUACGACAGAAACUAACGGUGACCACACGUUCACCAGCAGCAACAACAUCACGCUGCAAGUACCUGCAGGCUGGAGUGGACACGUGGACUGUCUGCUGAACAGGGGAGCGAGAGGACAGAGGAGGGAGAGGAUCCCCUUCUCUGUAGGUCUUCAGCAUCCGAAGAAGGAGGAUGAGAAGAGAAAGCCUCACCUGUUGCUCUCAGUUAUAAUCCCCUCUCUUUGUAUUAUUACCUUCAUCGCGGCUGCUGUUGUUGUCCUCACUAAGAGAAAAAGUUUGAUGCAAAGAAUAAACCAUCAUUCAAAGAGAAAGAAGCCUGACACAGAUGUAGACUUUGGGACAUUCUUGCAUUUAACCCAUGGAGACGUCAACGCAGCAAACAAAGAGAAGACUUCCUGUUGAAUUUCCAUUUGUUUUUCACUUCAGAUCUCAGCACUUUAUUCACAUUAUUCACUUUAUUCGUGGCGCAUGAGGCAGAAAGCGUGUUGAGGAUGUGUAGGAUGUAAAAAUAUAAGAAAAAGGACUGAUGUUAGGAGAAGGAGCCUGAGGAUGAGAAUCCUGAGACAAAAGCUAGAUUCCUCUUCAACUUUACUCUCAUUGAUGUGUGUGCACAAUUAUCACUUUGCUUAUGAUUUUGAUCCAUCGGAAGUUUGGAAUGUUGGUUCAGGAUCAUCUACUUUUUUGGGCGUUUGCCUGUUGCACCCAAAGUCCAUCGUAACGCUCCUGAGCAGAAUUAAAACCUCAAUUAAAAAUACUGUUUAUUUAACUUAAGUGCAAUAUAAAUUUACUUCAUGCUAAUCUAACCUCAGCGACCUACUGAUAGAAGUCAAAUGAGAACUCACAAAUGUCCUGAAUCAUCUUUAUGAAUAUAUUGAAGGUUUGAAUCAGACAUAAUAUUUAAUACCAUAUUCAGACAUAAUAUAUAAUAUUUAAUACCACAUUAACCAUAUUUUUGUUCUGCAUAUUUAUUUUGAUUGUUAACUGUAUUUUUCUUGUGAUAUUGCAUAUAUCUCAAUUAUUUUUUACUCACAUAUCUAGAAGGCACAUUUACUGUGUGGGUGUGGCUGUGUGUGUGUGUGUGUCCGCGUCUAUGUUCUUACAUAAUCUCAAUCAUUGUAUCAUACUGCCCAUCAUUGUCAAUUAAAAUAUU